CUCUAUUUUCUCUUCCCUCCAUCCUUAUGAUUAUGGGCUUUUAAGAUCACUGACUGACCGUCUCGUUCCUCAUUGACCCCUCCUUUUAGCUCACCCCUGUUCCCUCCCCGCCACACCUCCCUGCUUCCUCAGAGACGCACCUUGUUUCCUUAUGGAGGUCGCUGAGACUGGCAACCCAGCCUCUAUUGGUGCGCGGAAGAGUGACGCCCAUAAUACCCAAAACAUUCUCAUGCAUGAUAUUCUAUCAGAUGGCGAACGGUCGAGUAGUUUGAGCGAGAUUGACGACGUCUCUGAUUUUGAGUCACCAAAACCACUACCAGCGCCGGAAAACGAAUCGGAGGCCGAAACAGAGCGCAUUGAUGAGUCGCCGAACAAGUACCACUUAAGGACCAAUAUUGUUGUCAGCGCAAGUGGUUUCAGCCCCAGUCCGAGCAAAAUGGCGCAGUCAACAGUGUAUGGCGACAUUGAGGAGGACGAAGAAGCAAAAUUUCCAGCUGACGGCUCGCCCAGCAAGUCGUCUCAUUCAAAGAACCUCGUUCUAGAGAGCGUUGAAGAUUUCGCGCCUGGGGCUGAAAAUUCAAAGUUCUCUGACAGUCUUGGAAAGAAACGAAAGCGCUCAGAAUCCGUUAAUGAAGCUGGGUCUGAACCAGACGUGGAUCAUUUCCCUCGUGAUCGUCGCGGUUCGGCCAAAACCGACCUCAGCGACCCUCCUCCAGAUCUCGUUCUAACUCCAGAACGUAUUGAAGAACCUCCAAAACUAGAUGAGACUGAAAAUACCCCUGUCGACGAAAUCCCUGAACCCGACCUACCAUCCGCUCCCAUUACAGGCCCCCGACCCAAGAAAAGCAGACGAAAACAUAAAACUAGAGAGGUCGAUGACGACGUUGACAGUGGUGUUCACGGGAAAGACGACCAAGCUGAUAAGGAGCUUGGUGAUGACGAUACAGCCGAACGCCCGGAGGAUGCUGAUGCCGGCGAAGCUGCUGCAAAGCUGGUAGAGGAUUCAGUUAAAAGGACAUCCGCUAUGGAUUCAUUAUCUGUUCUAGAGCGAGAAUUCGCGAUCCUCCGUGAUAAGAUUUAUGACGAAAGGAUAUCCAAAUUGAAUCGUGAACUAGACAUGCUCACAGGCUCAAAUCCGACACAUCCAGAACUUUUGCGCCAACUCGAGUGUGUUAAGCGGUACACAGACGCCAAGGUCGAUUACGAACACACCCUUUUCCGAUACCGCCUUAAAUCUCUUGUGAACAAAAGUCUUGCAGAGCGUGCUCAAACACACAGUUCGUAUAUUCAGCGAAUCAGAGAUAUACGUGAAAGACAUUCGAGUGCCAUUAGCAAACAAUUCUAUUCGAUCCAGCAUGAUCGCUUCAAGACGGAUGAUGUCAGCCCGCAGCAUUAUAUUCCGUUCCCGACCCGCCGCUCUCAACAGAUCGCUAACCAAACUGCAUACAACCAAGAGGUAUCCAUUUUGGCGGGAGUCGCCAAAUAUGUUGGUUUCCCAGCUGCAUCAUCCUUGGUGGCUGCGCGCCCUUCAGAGAUCGACGAGGACUUGGAGAAGAUGGGCAUAACUGUCGAAACAAAAGUUUUUGCUUCUCAGCACCAAAGCACAGUCCCCCCGGGGGUCAUGUCGACCAUUCCAUCGAGUGUUUAUCAUACGUCCGCGGAGGAGGCCUUUCUCGAGCAAACGCCGUGGGCGAACCCUCAGCACCCGAUCCACCACUAUCAGCAGCGAAUACCCCAAAGACCGCAGAGUAGGAUCUCGGAGAAUCCACGCGCGCCCACUUAUAAUACACCCGCGGGUCAAAUGCGGGUCGUUGAUGUAAACGCGCCCAAUGGGUCAGCCUCAACGAUCGCAGAGAAUUCUUCUGCAAACAACACCCCUUACGGUAAUGAGCAAGAGCACCCAGUAGCAGGUGCCGCUCUGUAUCCCCAAUACGAAGCAGACCGACAAUCUGGAUUCCGAUCUCUGAGCGCGUCCCCCCUGGACGUUCGCAAACCUCAUCCUGCACCUUACCCUGCCCUGGAUCAUCGAUCAGCGCAAGGCACUUCACGAAAUCCCGACUACUCCCCACCUCCCACCCGACUAGGCUUUUUCCAAUCGGCCACAUCCAAGUGACAUACUUCCUCAGCCUUACCUUCGAAUCCAGUCAAUUCUCUGCAUCAUUCAGCGGGCAUGCUUAGUGGCUGAAUGAAACGGCCGUUCAAUAGAAUAAUGCGUUUUCCUGAGACCCCCUCUAAUGCGAACAAACAAUUUUCAUGUGUAUUCCCUCCUCCUCCUUGUUGAUUCGGGGGUCCGCCUCAGGUGUUUUAUGGAGUGUCCUUUAUGCAUAUAUGGAGUUAUGGGGAUGAUGUAGCAACUUGCUGUUUGGCGAUAUGUUCGUUUUAUGACUUCUUGUACUUUCACCACAUCUUCUACGCGCGUGGGUCGAAGAUACUGCUAUUAGGUAGCCUUGUAAUACAACUCCUACCCCGCUAUUUACACACCAACGAGCAAAUAUAUUGCAA